AUGACAGAGGAGGAUAGGUUUUUAAAUGUGGGAGAAGGAGACACAACAGAGUUUAUCAACUCUAUGAAGAACGCUAACACUAAAAGGAAAACAAAAAGUGACAUUAGCUUGUUUCAAUCGUGGCUUUUAGCUACACAAAAUGAAGAACGCCAGUUUUCAACGAUUGAAAAUGAGAAACUGGAUCAAUAUCUUGCCAGAUUUUUUAUAUCUGUGAGGAACAAAAAAGGUGAAGAAUAUGAACCGGACACACUCAAGUCCAUACAGUCUUCAAUUAACAGACAUCUAAAUGAAAAUUCUGAGACUGAUGUGAACAUUUUAACCGAUAAAGACUUUCAGCACUCAAGGGACGUUCUGUCAGCUAAAAAGAAAGAUCUAAAGAGCAAAGGUUUUGGAACAGAAAAAGAAAAGCAGAUGCUUUCACACAAGAGGAAAUUGAUCAUCUUUAUGACAGAAAUUUGCUUGGAACAAGUAAUUCAGAUGCUUUGA